AUGACUUUUCCUCUGAAGAAGGACCAUUUGAAGAGGACUUUAGAAGUUAUACGAGAUAAGCCUGCAAUCGUCGAGCAGCCAGCAAAAAAAAAAGUCAAAGUCUUUGACUUUUCCAUUCAUCCUAAACGAAAGAUUGCUGUGAAGUUUCUGUAUUAUGGAUGGGAACACGAUGGCUUAGUACAACAAGCAAACACAGAAAAUACAGUCGAAAAUAAACUUAGAGAAGCUCUUUUGAAAACAAAGUUGAUAGAGGAUUGGAGUUCCUGUGAUUUGAGCAGAUGUGGGCGAACAGACAAAGGUGUAUCUGCAUUUAAACAAGUUGCUGCUCUUGUGGUUAGGUCUUGUAAUACGGAUGACCCGAAUGUCUUUUGGCCGGAAGGCACCCUCGAACAAGUUAAAUCUUCCUAUCAGUCAAAGCCGGAGCUAUCUUAUUUAAAAAUGCUGAAUGGAGUUUUGCCACCAACAAUAAAAGCUGUUGCUUGGUGUGAUGUGCCCCGAGACUUUUCCGCUCGCCAUGGUUGCAACAUGAGGAUUUAUAAGUAUUCUUUACCAAAAGCUAAUUUAAACAUUGAAAAAAUGAGAGAUGCCGCUUCUCGAUUAGUUGGUAAACACGACUUCAGGAAUUUCUCCCAAAUUGAUAUGAAUGAGGCUCGUGUAGUCAUGUCAUACGUUAGAGAAAUAUUUGAAGUCACCGUAGAUGAUUUGGGAAGCUCGAACGAUCCAAGUGGCUUGGUUGAACUCACUGUCAAGGGUAGUGGGUUCUUAUGGCACAUGAUAAGAUUCAUAGUGACUGUAUUACAUGAAGUUGGAAGGGGAAAGGAGGAACCAGAGGUAAGCUAUAUCCUUAUACGAUUAUUCAAUAUGAUGUUUUCGAUUGUCUCAAACUUACUUGAUGUUGAGAAGUUUCCUCGUAGGCCGCAUUAUGCUUUGGCUGUAGAUAGACCACUAUGUCUUUUUGAUUGUCGGUUCGAUGCUUUUGAGAUGAAAUGGAAUUAUGACGAGAAAUGUUUAGAAAAGACUGUUCGAGAUUUGCAAGUAACAAUGGCUGACUACUUAACAAAAGCUCGUUUGAUUAGAAACAUGAUCGAUGACUUGAUGGAGUUACCUGAAUCUUCUGAGAUAGAUUUGAACAAAGGUUUAUUGGAAUUCACCCAGGAUCGUGGAUUACCUGUAAACUACGUACCAUUCAAGGAUAGGAGCACUUGUGAUAGUUUGGAAGAGAAGCUUGAGAAAAUCAAAUGCAAAAGAGACGCUAAGAUGUGA